UGUCCCCCGCUGGGGCCCAGUAGUUGGGUCCUUUGUGAGGUGGGCAGGAGCAGAGGGGACCCUGAAGUCAGUGUCAGUAGGUGGUGAGUCUCCCCGGGGGAGCAGCCCCCAGCAUGGCGAGUGUGGUCGUGAAGACCAUCUGGCAGUCCAAAGAGUUCCACCAGGCUGGGGACACCCCCGCCAGGGUCGAGAGGAGGAUCCAGCUGGGCCCCGAGGCUCCCGGGGGCACGACUGGCCCAGCCAAGGGGAUCACGAAGAAAAAGAAGGCCGUGUCGUUCCACGGUGUGGAGCCGUGGACGCCACAAGAGCCGGUGCACUGGUGUCUCAACCUCAGACGGUCCUCGGGCUGCACCAACGUGUCCUUGCUGAACCUGGCCGCCGCGGUGGAGCCUUCGGACUCCUCGGGCACCGACUCCAUCACGGAAGACAGCGGCUCCCUGGCGCUGCCCGGGCCCCUGUCCUCCCCCGUCCUGCCCUGGGCUGUGGAUGACCCGGACAUCAAGGAACUUCUGAGUGGGGUCAACAACGGACUAGUCCAUGCCAAGGACUCUAUCAUCAGCUUGAAGGAAAAGACCAGCCGGGUAAACCAGCACGUGCAGACCCUGCAGAGCGAAUGUUCCCUGCUGAGUGAGAAUCUAGGGAGAAGGCGGCAGGAGGCUGAGGAGCUGGAGGGUUACUGCAGCCAACUCAAGGAGAACUGCAAGAAGGUGACCCGCUCGGUGGAAGAUGCUGAAAUCAAAACGAACGUCUUGAAGCAGAACUCAGCCCUGUUGGAGGAGAGACUGCGAUUCCUCCAGCAGCAACUUCAGGACGAGACGCCGCGGAGGCAGGAGGUCGAGAUGCAGGAGCUGGAGCUGAAGCUGGAGGCCGGCCUCGCCCGCUCCGGCCUGUCGGGGAGCCUCGAAGAGGCCUCGAGGGUGCGCAGCGCGGAGCCCGGCGGCUGCGGAUCUGGGCCCCGGGAUGGGGAAGCGCCCCACGCGAGCGAGCAGGAGCUGCAGAAGGUCUCAGCCAGCGUGGAGGAGCUGAGGAGGGAGGUGUCCUCGCUGGCAGCACGGUGGCAUCAGGAGGAGGGGGCGGUGCAAGAAGCCCUGCGGCUGCUUGGGAGCCUGGGCGGAAGGCUCGACGGCUUCCUGGGUCAGUGGGAGCGCGCGCAGAGCGACCAGGCGCAGACGGCGCGGGGCCUGCAGGAGCUGCGUACCCGGGCGGACCAGCUGUGCACCUUGGUGGAGCGGUCAGCAGUGUCUCUGGCUUCCCUGAGGAGCGAACUGGAGGGGCUGGGUCCAGUCAAACCAAUUCUGGAGGAGCUGGCACGGCAAUUUCAGAACUCUCGAAGGGGACCUGACCACUCCGUGAACCUGGGUCGGUCACCCCAAGGCUCCUGUGCUCGCUGUGCCAGCCAGGGGCAGCAGUUGUCCACGGAGUCCCUGCAGCACCUGCUGGAGCGAGCGCUGACCCCACUAGUGGAUGAGGUGAAGCAGAGGAGCCUGACCCCUCCUGCCUGUCCCAGCUGCCAGAGGCUACACAAGAAAAUUCUGCCCAUUCCAGCAAGUCCAGCGGUGCCUACACUCCUCUCCCCAGGAACUGGAGCGCCAGGCCUUGGCCAAACACGUUCGGGCAGAGGCCCUGAGCUCCACCCUUCGGCUGGCCCAAGACGAGGCCCUGCGGGCCAAGAAUCUGCUGCUGACAGAGAAGAUGAAGCCGGAGUGAGGAAGGAGGCAGAGGGCAUGGGAGGAGGGGAGAAGGUGGCCACUCUGGACUAUCUCCACCUGAAGAUGUGCUCUCUCCACGACCAGCUCAGCAACCUGCCACUUGAGGGCUCUACAGGGACAAUGGGGGGAGGAAGUAGUGGCGUGGCUCCCCCAAAACGUGGGGGCCCAGCCCCCGAACAAUAAAUAGCCUCUCUUGC